AUGUCCAGCAGUAUCAUCGACCCAAGCGUGUUCGCUGCGCUGCCCGCCGACAUCCAAGAGGAGCUACUUACGACGCACACUCCUCCUUCUUCCACGCAUGCAACCAAUGAGACGACGCCCGACAUCCAAUCGGAUGCCUGGAGCUGUCGCGUCUGCACGUUCUUGAACCAUCCGCAGCUCCUAGACUGCGAAUUAUGUGGGUCGUUCUGCAUCCCUCUCGAAACGAAUACACAGCCCCCUGAGUCUGAGUCUGAGUCGCACGACCGCAACUCGGCCCCUGUGCCUGCUGCUACUUCACAGCCCCACCUCGUCCACGAGCUGCACCAAGUCGCUCGUGACAAAUUCCAAAAUGUGCGACACUCGUGGACUCGACGACGGUCAAGUGCUUGCUUGAGUCCAGACCGACGCCGCCUGCCGUCAGUGGAGGCCGCUGGAGAACUUGACGUUCUGCAGAACGAUCUGUUGCACAAAGUUGCCGCAGGGGAUGCAACGUUUGACGCGUUGCUCGAGCGACUAUGGCGAGCAGUCGACAGUCGAGACGAGACUGAGGUCUUUGACAAACGAGCCGUCGAUUGGGUCACAUUAGGGUUCCAGAACGCCAGUCCCGAGACAGACUUUCGAGGCGGUGGGAUGCUUGCACUCAAGUGUUUAGUGUACGCCUUCGAAGCCCAUGCCACCGAGAUGCAGACGCUGUACAAAACGCAGUUGGACAAUAUGGUGCACUCGGGCAACGUGAAAAGAAAGUGGUACCCAGUGUGUGUGGCUGGGAUCAACUUGACGUGUUUGCUCGCGGGACAAUUGCAGCUUGGCAAUGGUCAAUUCCGUGACACGAAACAACCGUUCUGGCCGCUUUUCGAAGAGCCGGCUGCAUUUUAUGAACUCUUUUACGCGGCGUUUGUCAAAAUGGACGCUAUCUGGCACCGUUUGAAUGCUACAUAUAUGGAAUUUGGUGUGGUGCUGAAGGCGACUAACAAGUCGGUAGCUUUCAUACUAGAGCAAGCUCCUGUUACAUUGAUGGACCUGCGCGAAGCUAGUGAUCAGGCGUUUGUGGACCGCUUUGUGGUCAGCCUGUCUGCUCAUUCGCUUGCUAAUUGGGAAGGUGGUGAAUGCCCGGAUCCGAAUCAUGCACUAGAACUAGAGGAUGCUCUUGUCAUUGCAAAGACGCGCGCUCCUGCCAAACCUGCUGCUGCCUCGAAACGUGACGCAUUUUUUCGGCCGCUACACUAA